AUGGUUUCGGCCAAGGGUAUUCAUUUUCAACAUAAAUAUCACGCUUCAGAUGCUCUGCGUAAGGCGAAGAAAAAUAUAAGGCGUGUUUUUAAUGCGCCAGAGGAUGUUAAUGAAUGUCAGGACCUCUAUUCAUUUUUAUCAUCAAAACCGUUCAAAGAGUUAAUUUCCGUAAGUGAUCUUAAUAUAUCAGACAAGAGGUUUGCAACUUUUUGCAGUGUAACGCUGCGUGGGGACGUAGUUGAGCCGACGUUUUUAAUGAAUUUGACCGGAUCACUUAAGUGAUCAAACGAUUUUAAUAGGAGUUGCUCAUCUAGAUGACAAAACGCAAAAUACAGCGUAAAGUUAAUAAGGAGGUAUUCCAACUAGAAGAAACUAACGUGGACGAUCAGCUAGACUGCAAAACUCGAGUGCGCUUCCCACCCCUUCGUUUAUGGGCGAGAAAAUGAAAUAUCACAAAUAAACUUGCAAAAGACUGAAAUAUAGGAAGUCUGAGGACCUGACGCCUAUGAAAAGAGAAGAUUGGAGAGGCGAUAACGGGCUUCUUGGUCUAUUUAGUUGGUCUUAAGCUUUGAUUGUCGUUAGACAAUGGGCACUACUUUUUUAUACCAAUCAGAUUGUGGAUUUGAAGAAGUACACAUUUGCCCAUACCAACGUAUGCCCACCAGGACGUUUUCGAUAUAACAUUAGUUAAACGCUCUUUUCACUAACCACACUUUCAGCGCUACCAUCGCUUGUUAAACUAGAAAAUAUUGACAUAGUAACUCGGUAAACCAAAAACUGAAUCCCCAAAUUAUAAGUGUUUUAAAAUGGACUCUUUCAGCUUUAUUCAAGCCUGGAGGCGGCAAGCGACUUUUAUGCCGAUGAAGAGGACCAGGAUGUACUCGGGUUAAUUUCUGAUAUCGACAACGACCUCCAGAUGCUUACAGUCUAUAAUGAAGAAGACGCAGAAAGCUGUAACGAGCUUCUUGGAAUUUUACGCAACCCCCAUCUGCGAGCACUAGCCAAAUGUCUAAGUGAGAUCGCAAGUGGUAAUUUCUACAGUCCCUCGUUGCCGUCUUCGGGCCUGUUUGCUGUAGAAGGUUUGGGUCCCACUGGUAUUGCCAAAUUGGGGACUCUGAACAGUCUUCCACCAAUAUCCGCUUCCGUCAUUGGCACCAACGAGAAGCUAUAUUCCCCCCGUACCUACGCUUCCGUAAACCAGCUGAAGACAGCCAGUGGAAACAGCUUGGGCUCGACUCCUGGGCUUAAUGGCCUUGCUAUACUGACGGGUGGAGGUGAAGGACUGCCCAUGAAACCAGUUGAGGGCACCGUCAAGAUUAUCAGCUUCGUUUUAGCGAGUGGGAGUCUAGUGAGUGCAUUUAUUCACAAAUGACGUUUAACUAGUAUCUUGUUUUACAUUUUUAUGCCACAAUCAACGCACACAAAUUAAGCAUCAACGUGUUUUUCAGUACAAGCAUAUUCGUUUCUACGACAACAUAGACAGCGCAAAUAUUCUUAACAUUGCGGAAUAGGCACCUUUGAGUCUCGUACGUGGAAUUUGUUUAAGCUUAUAUCUCCAGACAUUACGUGAACUGAAUCGAGAGAAGUGAUGGCAAUUGAUUAUUGCUACUGUGCUCUAAACGGAAAGUGUGGUACUAAAUUCAGACUUUGGAGUGUUGCGAUUUGAAAGUGGAAGCCAUUAAAAUACUUCGACCCUUUCCAAAAGAUGUCGUACUGCAGUGCCUUAACGAUUUGUCCUGUCUUUAAACCUGUAUGAUUAGCGCCAUGGUAAGUCGUCAUGUUGUGCUUUUUAACACAGCCAUCGAGGAUCCUACUAUAUGCUUAAUUGAAUUUUGUAAGGACGUGAUCGUGUCUCAUUUAGCCGGCUGCGAUGAUGUCACAGGUGGCGACCUAUGGCGGCGGAUCUUACCGUGUGAAGAAAUGUCAAUGUUUGCCGUUUGGAAUCCGACUGUUUCCGCAGGACUCGCAUGUCCGACUAGAGGCUGAAUAUUAUAGUGGUCAGCUGGUCCGAUUUAUUGUCCACGUUAAACGUCUCCAGAUGUGGCCGAACGAUAACACGGAUGACUGACGGUGUCACCUUUUUCCAGACCGAGGGCAAAGGUUUGGGGUCAAGCACAAACAGCGAGUGCUAAAUGGAAACGAAUGUCUUUAGGGAAAGAUCUCACUUAAAUAUCAUUAGUUUUUUCUCAUCUGUUUGUCUCAUAAGUAGAAAAAUCGACUAGUUUUAAUUUUAAAAUUAGAGAUUUUUCUUAAAUGAAUCCGGAAAGCGCGCCCAUAAUAAAUGCUGAUAUUUGGGAUGUGGCAGCGCGAACGGGUGCAAGCCCAUGCCGUGCCAAUCGGGAUCCAAGCCCUCCUGCAUUUCUUGUAUAAAAUUCUGGUCUGUGUACAUUGCUGAACAGAGGUUUGGUAGCAUUUAAAGGUGCAGGUUUUUUUCGUGGCAGCUACCUCUGUCAUCUCUCGUCUCUGGUCUUCUUGACUCUGCCUUGACGCCGGCUCAAGAUGGAGGAAGAAGAGGAAGGGCAGUAGGUGCAGCGCAAUUCUAGUGGAACUAUAACAAGAACCACGCGCAAGUCACCAUUCCUACUCUCGCGCUGCUGUGUAACACACAGUCAGUCACAACGGUCGGACCGUUGUGUGUGCGUGUGUUUCGGCUCUUGUAUAUAUGGUCCCGGUGUGUGCAUUUGGGGGAAGGGAGCAGGUCGUGCAUGUGGUGCGCGCAGACGAGAUUUCUAGCUCUGCGUCUACUUCCGGCAUCAGACGGUGGACUAGUGCCUGAGAGUGGGAGGCGGAAGUGAGGUCGACAGUCUCAGCGCAUAUUCCUCCCUAAAAGUAAUCUGACACGCUUGGGUCUAUCACGAUGGGCUAAAAGCCGUGUCUUGGAAGGGUGCCAACAGACGGGAUAAUCCGGACCUCGCAGUCGGCCCAGUGUGUGUUUGUGAAGAGUGGCGGACUGGUGGACUGCGAGUCAGGUUAAAAUAGCUCCUUCCUAAUGUGGCCUCUAUGACACUCCUGCCUAGUGGAAUCUGGGACACCACUUUUUUUCUUGUUGCAUACAAAAGUCUGGUUAGUGUACGAUGUGGAUUAGGCGGUUUGGUGGUACGUCUAUGUGCGGGUUUUUGCCGUAUCAGCUACCUGUAUGCUCUCUCGCCUCCGGUCUUUUUGAUUCUGUCUUGGGAUGGAUCUAUUUGAGGAAUGAGAACAGAGUGCGGUAGAUGCAGCAGGAUUCAUUGUCGAAACGACGGAUGACCUGUCCUGUGUGUAUGCUUAUGUUGGCCCCCUUGCCCCCUAAAAUGGCCAUAUGGUAGAUGCGCUGAGCAACGCAAGAGCUAGAUCAGAAUGCGACAGGUGUUGUCGCGAAUGUGCACCCAUAACAAAUGCCAACAUUGGGGGUGUGAAGACAGGCCUAGCUGCAGGCGCACGCCUUGCUAAUUGGAAUCCGUGUUGCCUCUUUUUCUCUUGUGUAAAACCCUGGUAAGUGCCUCUUGUGGACCAGAAGGUGUAGUGGUACGUCUGAGUUUGGGUUUUCACAGUGGCAGCCACCUGCGUCCCCUCUCGCCUUUGAUAUUCUUGAAUAUGUCUUGAUACCGGAUCCAGGUUGUGGAAGAGGAUAGAGUGAGGUAUAUGUAGCGCAAGUCUACAAUCACCAUUAACUAGCGCGCAAGUCACCGCCCGUGCUCUUAUUUUAUUGUAGAGCACGUGGUGGACACCGUCGGCAACGACAUUUACACUGUCGGCUGUUGUGGAAACUUGGAAUGUAUACUGUAUUUAUAGGUUUGUUAUACACCGUUGUUACCAGUCAAUCUGUCGGCCUGGUGGCGGAUGAAGGCAUGCAGGCGGGGAAGUCGAUCCUCUCCCACCACGGAUCACACAUUCAGAGUGGUUAAAUUCAUCGGUUUUCCACAGCACUCGACCCAAUUGUGACCAGUUAUGACAAGAAUAUAAUCAAUAUAGUCGAUGUCGUCAUUUCAAAGUUCAGCCAACUAUUGCACCUCUUCGGGUAGAUGGCUUUUCCAAACAUCCCGUCCCACUUGUUAAGGAUAUAUUUUUCAAAAACUGGACCACAGAACAAACUGGUCCACACAAGAUUUGGCCUCAAUAACAGGUGUUUGACUUAGACAAAUCCUGUAUUCAAUGCAUUCUAUCAAUCUGACUCUAAACAAUAAUCCCGUUAUCACAACAGUCGAACAUCCGGGUUCGCUUCCAAAGAUACUCGAAAUGCGAAGAUUCGCCUCCUUGUUUGCGUGAAUCACCACCUCCUAGUUGGAUUAAUGGAAGGGUUUAGGGCUAAAAAAUUAAAGUUUGUCUAUCGGAGGCGAUGAGAACCAGGAUUGUUCCGAGGAUGCAGCUGUGAACUCGUCUAGAGUGAAACAGACUUGAACUGCAUCAAUCUUAUUCUCCUCUUACACGCCAUAUUUCCUAGGCAAUACAAAGUCUGGGGGGUGGACACAGUGACCGACACAGUGCCUAUCUAUUCACGUCCCACGCAACCUAACUUCGGGUGCUCCGGUUCUCCUUUCAAAAACAAUGACCAUAAAGGCCACAUGAAGGAGGAGUUAUUCCUCAGUCCUGCCAAUUGGCAACUUUCCAAGUAUUGUUAGCGGUUCGUGGCUAGGACUGACGCCUGUCCCUUUCUCCUAAACGGGACUGGGCUUUGGAAUUGUGGUAAGUAGAGUGCGUCCACUACUUCAUCUACAACUGAGAGAUUCGUAUUAGCCUGGACCGCCUACCUGUCACCGUCUUCGCAGAAUUUUUUAGGCUGUUGGGGAUGACGGGCAGGGAGCAGUAGCCGGUUUGGUCUACGUGUGUCACAACACGCUAGUUCCUCACUUCCGACUGAGGACACGACCGUCGUGGACGACGAUGUCCACCGUGUGUGCCGUAGGAGGGUGAGCACCGUGAAGGUGACUUGCGCGUACGCCAGUUUGAAUUGAUAGUAGACUUGUACAGCAUCUACCGCACUCUCUCCUCAUUCCUCACAUGGAUGCGUGCAAUGGCAGAAUCAAAAAGACUGGAGGCGGGAGAGAAUACAAGUAACUGAUACGGCGAAAACCCGCGCCUAGGCGUGCCACUAAACCCCCUAAUCCACAACGUACACUGGUCAGAAUUUCACAUACAACAAUAAAAAAGGGAGGUGAUAGAUUCAAGCUUGUCAGUGACUGAAAGAGCUAGAAAGCUCAUCUGUGCGUACCACAUGCACGACCUGUCCCCCCCCCAAAUGCACACGUGUAGCGGAGGAGCCACCUUGAGAAGGGACCUGAAAAGCACACUUACCACCUACGCGUGUUUUGCUGGUGAUGUGGGGUGUGUGUGCGUGGCGCAUGUAUUGAUGUGGAAGAGUGUGGUGAUGUGGUAAUGUCCGCGGUGAUUUACGCAAGUUUUCAUGAAUGCGCAUGUAAUCGAAUAGGCCCAUGAGACGGCUAAAUGUGCGGCUGUGGUUCUGGAAAUCAAGGCAAUGGCGUCUAGUGUUUGUUAAUACUCCAGGCACCAGUUUGCCAGUCUCUGUACGAUGCAUUCUGAAUUGACCGACCAGGCCAAUGCGUGAGAUGAACACACGGCGACAAUGUGACCAGACCGAUGCGUGGAGUGAAUGUGCGGUUGCAAUGAGAACAGGCGAGGACCGAAUCCACAUCGCUGAAUGCGGGGGAUGGCAAUCGCGAGGUUCGUGGUUAGCGGGUCGUCGAGAGCGUUUUUUCCCUGGGGGGAAUGGGGCGUGUGGUGAUCAUCCUCGUAGUCACCGCAGGGGCUGUGGCAAGGAUGAUGGAGAUGGCCGUGAUCAAUUCCUGCGAGGUACGGGGAUGCUGACCAUUAGUACUGAAUCGGGCGGCAAAGAUGAUGUAGAUGGUUCCGCGGUGACGUCAGAAACCACACUGGCUUUUCAGGAAAAGUUCUUGUUCGAGAUGGUCGUUUAGACGGUUGAAGAGGAUGUAAGUGAAGAUGUUAACGACGAUUUUAAGCAGUCGGUCCCUUUUCCACUUAUAGAGACGGACGAUUGUCGCAUCCGUAGAGUCGUGAGGAAAUUUUCCUCGGAGCCACAUCUCCUAAAACAGCGUUAUGAGUUGAUCUAUCAGCGGGGAACACCGUGCUUUUAAACUUCGGCCGGAAUCACACUGGAUUUUGGCACUUUCUCGCUAGAGAGUUAGUGCAGGGCUGGGAUUGUUUCUAGGAGAAAAGGCGGAAGAUCCAGGUCGUUGUUCGUUUCCACUUGAGGAAGUCACUUAAUGGCGGCGUUGGAGAUUGUAAGUAGGCGAUUGAGGGCGCUUCUGAUGUAUUCUGCACAGCGUUUCAGAAUCUAUGCUUUCUCCUUUAGAAGUUUUAUUCCAUCGGAGUUGAGAAGCGGCGCGGUUCCUUUUGUUGGGGGACCGUAGACCACCUUGAGUAGUAGGAAGAAGUUCUUCGUGUAAUUGCGGUCGGCAUACUCCUGAUUUCCUCGGUCUUGCGAGUCAUUCGGUUGUCCUCCAUCUCCAUCGGUUGCUGCUGCGCGAGGCGGCGAUAGGGGAGGUAGGCUGGUUUGUUGAAGCUGGUCCGAUGGCUUUCGUAGCCUGUGCUUUCCAGCUAAAAAGUGCUGGUGUCUGCGUCAUUGUUGUCGAACCAGUCCUGGUGCUGACGACUUGUGCAUUUGAGGACAUUCAAGACAGUCGAGUGAAUGCGUUCCACAGUGGCUCCACGAUGACGCCCUCUUCCGGGGCCGGCAGUUCUUCCAGGUGCUGGGCUAAUUGUUCGCUGAAAUGUAAACGCUUAGCAGGCAAAUUCAAAAGAACAAUAUCUAACUUACCUGGUGGUCGCUUACCUUGUGGGCUCUACUGCGGGGUUGCAGAUGGGGCCUCAUCUUGGGACGCCGAGACGAUGAUCCGUCCAGCACCCGGCGUCGGUUUUAAACGAAACUGAUGAGAUCACUCAACCGGCAGGCAAACGAUUGUACAGUGGCCUACAUACACCGGACACAAAACUUUCCGUCACUGACUGUGAGUACAAUAUGCAAUUUACUAAACACUAAAUUCUCUUUAGGUUCUUCUUUCCAUGCCCGUUUUUGCCUCUGUCGAUGCCGCCAGUGCUUUCGAGUUAACCGUAAUUUCAGCGCUCAGUGUAAAGAUACAGGCUGUUUUCUUAUUUUUCCCAUUUUCGAAAGUGGACUAUCAGCUAAGAAUGUCUUUGUUCAGUUCAGGGGCAUUCCUCUGAUACCGAGUGCGCGCAUUCUAUGCAAAAGUGUUGACAUAGGACACUUUAUAGGACCUUUCGGAAAUCGAUGUAUGAGAUAUUUACUUAGAAGUCCUCUUCUGUAGCCUUAGUCCCAAAGAUAUAACUUUCACGUUUGUCUGACUUUGGAAAUUAGCUGACUUAGCCAACCGACUUUUUAGGGCAUAACAGUCGGCGUUCAGGACUACGAGUCAGCCAACUCAGGUUACAUUCGUGAAGUCUACGUGAAGCGAGUUAUGGCAGGCUCUCAAAUUGAGCGACAAGGUCUGCUCCAUGAAGGUGACAUCAUCCGCGAGGUCAAUGGGGUCCCUAUAGACAGUCCAGAAACUCUUCAAGAACAGAUAACUAAAUCGCCCAGCACCGUGACAAUGAAGAUACUUCCCGCUUACAAGGAGCCGAAACCCAAAUCGCAGGUGCGCGUAUCGCAGUAUAUUACAUUACUUUAUAUUUUAUAUAAUACAUAAUGUACAUACGUAUAUACAUGCAAAAGAUACAUAUAGUACACAUUAUAAUAUAUUAUUGACAUUAGAUGUUUUUGUAUUAUUAUAUAUAUUUAUAUAUUGUGCAUGUAGAUUGUUUGAAUAGACUGUUUUUGGCAUCUCUCAGCAGUUCAUUCGCCUCCAUUUUCAGCUUUUUGUUCGCGCCCUAUGCUCUUACAGCCCCGAAUCAGACAGCCUUCUCCCCUGUAGGGAGGCCGGACUGGCAUUUCAGUACUAUGACGUAUUGGAAAUUCUGAACCAGGAUGAUCCUAAUUGGUGGCAGGUGUGUUUAUCCCACCUUCAUAUACAUGCAAUCGUUUUUCAUUUCAUACCAACGCUGUAAUGCCUGUGCGCAUCUUUAUGUCCCCUAGGCUCGCCACUACAACUCUGACAGACACGCUGGCCUGAUACCUUCAGCCGUUCUUCAGGAACGUCGCAAGGCGCUUAUUCAGGGCCUGCCUAAUGAAAACACCUUCAACUAUAGGCUUUUCAAGGGUCUUGUGCUGAACCAGAAGAAAAAGAAGGUGGGUUAAAGGGGGACGAUGGGCAACCAUGUCAUUCGGACUCCUUUUAUUUUACUGCGCUGUUCUGUUACCUACUGCUGUGAAUGAAGUUAACUGACCUCUGCUUGUAAGCUGAAAAUACUUCCAGCGCCUGUUGGCAUAGGUACCAGCCAGAAGGCCAGGUGUCAUACCAAAUUGCAUAAUUUAGUGAAUAUUUGUAGCUUGACAGGGUCUUUUUUAGUAAACCAAAAAUCUAUUCUAUCUAGGUAGUUAUUAAUUUUACAUCUUACUUUCACAGACCAAAGUAAUAUUCAAAGCCAGUGAGGCCGGUGAGUUUGCAUUCAAAGAUAUCAUGGUAUAUGAGGAGGUGGCCUUGAUUUCCGGUUUUCAACGGCCAGUCAUAUGCCUGAUCGGAGCAACGGGCGUUGGUCGGCAAACGCUGCGUGAUAUGCUGAUUGAAGCCGAUCCCGACCGAUAUGAAAUUGCGAUACCAUGUAAGUGGCACCUGGUGUACUGAAAUACCUAGCUCUUUGUUUUGAAAAGCCAAUUUGUACUUUAGGGCGGCAGGUUUCAUCAGCGAUUUAUGUCAACUCGGGACUAAAGCGCAGCCUUAAGCCCUCUAGUUUCGUGGGCUGUCAGUCUGCCGUGUAUAUUUUCGAGUAUUUUUUAUUUCUUCAAAAGCAUUUUGAACAGACUUUACUGACCUCCCCCAGUCUAUUGUCGUCUAGCAUUCGCAACGUCUCCCCCCUUGCAACGUGAGCAUCCCUGAAAGACUUGGCCUGCAUCUGAGGACAGCCCAUUGAAAGCACGUCCAUGUUGUCAGCGUAGCUAACUUUCUGUGCAUUUGCGCAGGAGUGACGUAGACUUUACGGACAGAAAGCCUUCAUCUUUUGAGGCCAUCAAAGUGCACAGAAUCUUCAGUCAAAAAACCAGCAAGAAUAGUUUGUUUUACGGGUCCAUAUCAGCCGACUCCACUCUAUAUCGCCCGCUAACUGAACAUUACGCAGAAUGUAGAAUCUCGAAACCACGGAACGCCGAUGUGGAUCAGGAGGUAUAAGACUAAAGUUCCACCCGGCGGGAGACUAAGACUACCGCAAAUAAAUCGAUGGAAGUUCAGUGUGUAUCCCCAAAGGGGGAUGUAAGAAGCUGGGUUUACUGCUUUUAAGUGAGGUCAAACAAUCGCGUGUUUACUUAGAAUACGAUAAAAUAGGCAAUCGAACGAAACAGCCCACACGAGCCCAGCGAUUUUUUCCAUCAUGAGCUCAGAACAUGCAGAACACGUAUAAAAUGUCGGGACAGACUGAGGUUGGGGAGAGGCCAGGAGGCCUCACAAAUAGGGGACCUUUGAAUGGAGAAACAUAAGCAAUUCAGAGGAUGAAAUUAAUGUGUUAGGUAAUACUUCCAAGAAUCGGACUCUCCGAAAUAUGCUCUUCUGGACUUCCCAAGUAUCUAUACUUGCUGCCAAGGAGUCUCAGAUUUAUUUGGCAUAAAUAGUGCGUCUGUAAACUUUAAAACGAAGUCGGUUCAUUGUGAAGACAAUUCCAGACAGUGGCUGACAUCAGAGCACCGACGUUAAGGAAAUAAAAGUCUCAGGGGAUAUUUGCAGUGGAGUGGACUAUACGGAAAUCAUUGGCAAAAUCUUGUAAGUCGAACCCAGACCGAGGUUGUUGUGAAGUGAACAAGUCAAAAUGUAAAGUACUAAAUCAUGUGACCAGCCAAGAAAACUCCUUUGACUUCAUAACCUGAAAAAAGACCAAUUUCAGAUUAAGUUGAUAAAUCUUUAAUGAUGACGAGUGACCGAGGCAUGCCUAUUGUGAAUAAGACGAUCCGUGGCUAUUAAUGUCGAAAAUUGUUACCUGAGCUCAACGUUGUUGUAUAGGGACUCUAUCGCUGGGGUUUGAGGUGCUCACUCAGGUCGAACACCAGAGACGAGGUCGAAGAGAGUGGAGAGGAGCAACACACAGGAGCACAGGAGGAUGUUGGUCGACCGUCGCAUGCCAAAAUGUUCACUGAGCCGAACUUGAUCGCCGCGUCUUCAUCAUCGCUGUUGGCAAGUGGCUUGGUGAUGACCAGACAGUCCUGUCCUCCUGUGCCGUCGCAUGGAUUCGACUAUUCAGCUGUACGCCGCCAGUCGGAUUGCAUGCCUUAUCCACACAGGGCCUUAAUGCCGCGCGGAGCAAGGGCAGACGUUACGUGUGUCGACUGGUUCCGGGCCAGAGAAACAUGGCUCAAGCAGCUUCCAGGUCACAUAUUUGUCACCUCUUGGCAGCAACUUGCGCGUCUGGCCUGCCUCGUCAAGUUGGCUGUGGCGCGGUUUGGCGUCACUCCUCCUCUCGUUCGGGCGACCGCAUCCAAAGUAACUUUCUCGGGCAUCGCCAACAACUGGACCCAGAUGCGCUAACUGACUUCUUCCUCGGCUUGGCGUGGCAAGGGGUCUUUUGACAUCGCCACUUGGCGUCGGAUAUUUGCUUUCAGCUACCGACUCGUUUUUAUGUGCACCAACUGGCGAAGUUGCGUGGAUGGCCACUUUCGCUGAUUGCUCGCUGAAGAUGUUGAAUUCGACAGCCUUACCUUCCAGACUGCCAUGGGACAUCUGAACGCGCAGUGUAGACUGUCGAGUUCCCUGUUCGGGCAUUCGAGUCUACUGUUCAGUCACCACACUUCACUUGUAGUGGUCCUACUUUGGGCGCCUGUUGCAGCGCUGCGCCUCUCGCGAGUACCUGCAGGUACGCACCACCAGCGGCAACAGCCCGGUUGUCGCCCGCUCGCAGCUUUCCACUUGACCAAUCAGACAUGCCUUCGCCUAAGACGCUGUGACGCAUACCACGUUCACACCCGGGAAGUCGCUCUCCCCGCCCUGGACGUGCUCUCCUCCCGCUGCCAACUCUCCCCGAGUCCUUCUCUUUCUAUUGGGGAUCGAGCCUGAAGGUUGUAUUGGAUAGGGUUCCUCUAUGGCUUAAGCUAUUGUGACAAACCCGCCUUUUUGGUUUGCGUCGACCGUUUCAUGUGUCGUCCUCUUCUGCUUUGGUAGUUCGAUGCAAGAAACAGUGUUUUGGGUCCACUUCCGUUUGUGCGCCGGAUCUGUUACCGCACUCACGCCUUCAAAAGUACACUCGGUUUUGGGAGUUCUCGAAGGGCAUCUCGCCAAGGGCUCCCGGCUCAGAACCCACCGUGACCGUGUGCCCACAUCGUCCCUCUCACACGCUAAUGGUCUGUCCGUCAAUGUCUUUCCUGUCUGCUGUGACUGUCUCAAUUUCUCCUUUAACCUUUCAUUUCGUCUAACGACGGGUUGGUGGCACUAACUUUCCCGAAGAACCUCUUCCCUUUUUCACUAUAAACAAAGAUUUUUAGGCGCUCUGCCUUGAAACAACCUCCUUGUAACUCAAUCAUUGACAUACUCUCUAGUACACAGUAGGCCACCUGACUCAUGAAAGACGUUGAAAUUUACGAAUGAUUGCAGAUAACUCGCAAAUCGACACCAAUACAUGGAGCCAAUAUCUAUUUUAAUAAAUAACAACAUUAACAGAAUUAAAAGCAUAAAAAAUGUCAAAGGUAAUCAGGCGUUGCUUAGAAAUACCUAUUUGUAAAGGCUGCGAUAUGUAGAUGACACUUGUUUUCGUCAAGAAAAAUCAGUUAAAGCUGCUUCAUACCAGUGUCAACUCUAUAUUUCCAGGACUCAAGUUGACUUUCGAAACAGAGGUUGAUGUAUAACUCCCAUUCCUGGAUGUCCUUGUAAGUCGAAAAACCGAUGGAUCACUUCACAUCAGUUUAUUGCAGAAAGGCAUAUUCAGAGGUCAUCCUAAAUUUUGAGAGUAACCAUCCUGUCUCUCACAAACGGAGUACAGUCUACAGCCUUCUGAAUCGGGCCAAAACUCAUUGUUCUGAUGAAACAAGUUAUCAAUCAGAAAUGAAAUAUCUCUGCAAACUAUUCUCCCAAAAUGGGCACCCACAUGACUUUAUAGGUCAAUACAUGAGGCACCACCAAUUCAAGGGAAAAGGUAUUUUUAGCGCUACGGCCGCUCGAGCACCGAAACCAACCACCUGAGGAAUUCUCCCACACGUGAAAAAUGUAUCUGAACUAAUCGAAAGACAACUAAAAAAACACCAGAUAUACGUAGCACACCAGCCGGCAACUACUUUACGCACACAGCUUGUACACCCUAAGGACAGGGAUGGGUACCUCGAAAAAAAGAUGUUGUCUAUAAAAUCCCAUGUUCCAGUUGUGAUGCCGUCUAUUGUGGCCAAACUGGGCAAUCUUUUUCAGCCCGUAUACAUGAACAUCAGUCAGCGGUGAAGAGACGACUAUAUAUCCCAGGUGGCCAUGCACACUGGACAAAAAUUUGCAUGGGAGGAGACUCGCAUUAUUGGCAUUUGCCCAAUUAGGAAAGACCGCAAAUUCCUGGAGGCAGUGCACUCUGAUGAGGCAUGCAUCAAUCGGCAUAUCGAUUUAGGUGCCACGUACAAAAUCGUUAAAGACAAAUUCAAAGUGGCUCAACCAAUCCCGAGGAGAUGACGCAUUGCAAUGCACACGCAUUGGCUCAGACUUUAGUCAAUCAUAGAAUCCUUUGCCAGACUCAGUUUAGAAGUGAAUUGUUUUUGCACUCCCAUAGUCUGAUGACGUGUUUGGGAACCAGGUUCGAAAAUUUACGCAAUAAAGUUUACUGUUUCCCAAAGGAUUCCAUCCUUCUAGUUAAAUUUCUCGGGUGCCCGUUUCCAUUCCAUAUAUAUGUAUAUAUAAUGGUCGGGGGCGCUCACCGAUCGUUCAUACGGAACUCACUCGUUCCGUUGUGCCUUAAGGGCUCUCUCUCGAGCCCAACCAGCAGCCGCACAGUGGCGCAUGAUAUAUAGGCAGAAUAGUAUUACCGACAAAGACAAGGGAGACUGGAAUGGCCAUUUCUGGCUUAUUAGCCGUCGUCAGCCAGCCAUACCCAGUGAGUUCCGUAUGAACGAUCGGUGAGCGCCCCCGACCAUUGUAUAUUCCCGAUCGAAAACCGACAGGGCAACGGGCUCGUGACCCGGUGAGUAGAGGCGUUGACUUCUAAACCAACAGGUCGCGAGUUCGAGGCUCGGGUGUUCCACACUUCGGGCUUGGGUAUGGCUGGCUGACGACGGCUAAUAAGCCAGAAAUAGCCAUUCCAGUCUCCCUUGUCUUUGUCGGUAAUACUAUUCUGCCUAUAUAUGUAUAUAUACAUAUACAUAUAUAUAUAUAUAUAUAUAUAUAUAUACGUAGGUAAGGUAGUACUGGGAAAGACACGGCCAUUUCUGACUUAUUAACCGGCGUCAUCCAGCCAUACCCACCCCACCAAGGCGUGAACCUGCGUUAUUUUGGUUAUUAAGCGCUUAUCGGUCCAACGCACUAAUCAUCGAGUCACGGACUCCUUCUGUCGGUUGUGAUCGUGUACACUGACUAUGGUAGAGAGACUCUCACCAGUCGGGUUACAGGACGUGCCCGCUCCGUUGGGUCUUGGGGCUUAAUCUGAAAUCCUUACAGGCAGCGGCAUAACGACUAACAGUAAAUGCAGAUAUGCCGACAAAGGAAAAGGAGAGCGGGAUGGCCAUUUCUGGCUUAUUAGCCGUCGUCAGCCAGUCCUGCCCAAAUCCGAGUUUGUGGGACCUGAGCAUCGAAAUUGCGUUCCCUGGUCAUCGGUCGCCGUUGAGUUCACAGUCCUACCAUUGAGCCAUGUACCCGUUGUCCUCUCCACCCAGUUUCCUUUAUCUUUGUCGACAUUUUCCUGCUUAUCUCACCAAGUGUUAACCGAAGUUCUGAAAUGUGUUUUCGGUUCGAAAAGAUUACUCGAGCAGGACUAUGAUAUUACUUGUCUUGCAGCAAAAUCCCAUGCUAUUUUAUUUACGUCAAGGUGCCAACUUUUGAACGAGCUUCUUCCCGGCCGCCUGCAAAAACAACACCCUGUAGAAAAUGACAGCUUAAAUUUUGUGAAUUUUCCCCAUUGAUUUUCAAUGUUUUCAUAAAUUCAAGAACGUUUUGCGGGAAACAUGCACAAAAAUAUUCUGUCCUGUACUCGUCUGAUAGCAAAUUACGCUCUUAUUCAAUGUGAUAUCGGAGAAAUGAUUUUGUCCGGUUUUAAAAAACGCUUUCGAUCACUGAGUAAUUUUAAAUUCAACCUGCCGUUAAAAUUGCAUUAAGAGUUUCCAAACCACAAACCAUAUAUUUUCCAUGUAAGGAAAAUAAUAAAUUUCUUUAAGACUCAUACAAUCUUGUAAUGGGUGUAGUGCCAUAGUACAUACUUUAUAAGCGGAAUAAAUAAUAAAUGUGCAGACACGAUGUUUUAUGAACUGACACUUUACAGCCUUGAAAGAGUCGACUACCUAGAAACUUUUUUAAAACCGAAAAAUACCCUAUCUUCAAGUAUAGUCCUUGAAGAAAACGUCACUUGCUGCCGAAUGAGCAGGAGGAGGAAUAUUUUUUGUGCACGUUUCCCAUUAAAUAUAUUAGAAGUUUUAAUCGCAUCUAAAAUCAUUGGAAAAAAGUCAUACUAACUAAGUAAUCAUUUUCUGUAGUGUCGUUUUUGUCGGCGGCGGGGAAAAAGCUCGUUCAAACGCCGGCACCUUGAUGUGCCUGAUAUAUCUUGGUAUUAUGCUGCGCGACAGUUAAAAUUACGACCCUACUUAAGUAGUAUUUUCCACAAGAUAGCACAAGAUUGCUGUGUGGCCGUCUGCGAGGGCUCUAUAUUGAGGCCCAAGGCACCACGGGGCGUGCAGGUCUCUUAACCGGAUCUGUGAGUGCACUUCCAACAUCCACUCAGUGACCGACCUCAUGAGAAGUUAGCCGAAAUUUUGAAAUGCUUUUUCGAUUUAGAUGGAUUACUUAGGGGGGAUUGUAAUAUUGAUUAGCAUGCAGCAUAAUCCAUUGAUAUUUCAAUCACGACGGUAUGUCAGCUUUUAAGGAUACUUCUUAGCAGCCGCCGGCAACUACUUAGUUGGUAUGAUUUUCCGAUGUAUUUUCGAUGCCUUACAAAUUCAAACAUAUUUUACAGAAAACAUGCACAAAAAAUAUUUUCCUCUACUUAUUUGUUAGCAAAUCACGUUUUCUUAUAAAGUCAUACUUGAAGGAAGGAUAUAAUAAGGUUUUAAAAAAGUUUUCCAAUUUCCGGAAAAUUGUGAGCCCGAUAUUCCGUUGCAUUCGCGUUUAGCGUUUUCAGUCUAAAAGCCGUAUACUUGCUCUGUAAAGAUAAUCGGGCAAUCCUCUAUGUCAUUAAGAAGAAAUCACAUAGGGGUCGUAAACUUUUGCAAUGGGCGUGAACUAUGUUGUAGACUUAAUAAGGGGUAUUGAUAAAUGGACAGACAUAAUGCUCUGUGAAUGGAUAUUGCAUGGUCUUAAAAAAAUAUCCUAAUUACAGACUUCAUAAAAUCGAAAACUACGUCUUCCUCCAGUAAAAACUUUGAAGAAGAUGUGAUUGUCUACAAAAUGAGUACAGAAAUAGGUAUUUUGUGUAUGUUUUCUAUAAAAUAUAGUUGAGUUUAUAAGUGCGUCGGAAAUCAAUAAUGAAAAUGCUUACUACAUAUGUAUUCAUUUUUUGCCGAGUACGAUUUUUUUCAGAUGUCUACAAAGAAGCUAAUGCAAAAGCCGGCAUCCCGGCGUGACUGAAAUAUCUUGAGAUUAUGCCGGACGAUAAUUGCUAUUGCAGCUACACUUACUUAGUCCUUCCUUAUCGAAAGUGCAUCUCAGAAUUUCGGUUAAAAUUUCAUGGGAUUGUACGUUUAUCUUUUCCCCUGUUUUUUGUGCUAGGAUAAAUACAUGCGCUCCCGAUUGACGCGUGUACCAUUUGCAAAUAGGUCAAGGUUUCGUUCACUUAGCACAACAACCUCACAUACUAGUUCUACUUCAGGGAUCCGCGAUGCCCUGCCUAAGCCUAAGUAUGAUGGGCAGAAACGAAAAUGAAGGGCGGCGCUGGGUUCAGGAGCAUAGGGUGUUUUCGAUCAACACGCAGACUUCUGGAGACAGGUCAAGACGUCCAAGUUUUUGGUUCGCGGGCACGAUCUUAGCGAAGUUAGCUUUUUGAGUUCUUCCCCCACGAAAAUUGCUUUAACGGCGGUGCCAGCUUUCGGAUUCCCGUUCUCGAGUAAAUUCGCAGCGAAUCCCCCGUUGCACAACAGUUCUCAUGUUUUUAUUUCCAUCCCUGCAGACACCUCGAGACCGAAAUUCCCUGACGAGGAGGAAGGCGACGAAUUCUUUUUUGAAAGUGCCGCGAGAAUGCAGAAUACCUACAAGAAAAACGGCUUCAUCGAGGUAAGUAAUCCGCCCUCCCACCUGACACCCUAAGAUUGCCGCGUCUCAAAAAUGCUUUCUAACCUGACCUGAUGACGAACUCGCAGUAUGUACCGGAGCUCUUGAAUCCUGAGAUAAGUGUUAAAUGCAAUUUCGAGCUGUAAAUAGAACUUAACUGAGAUAACCAGAGCGAAACGCAAUCUCACCAACAGCGUCGUUCAACAUUGAGACCAUAAUUCGGUGUACUGGAAGGGUUGCUGGAGACUUCUGCCUUCAAAUCCAGGGGCUGUGCAAGAUGAUUUGUGAAUCAAGCCGCUGCACGAAACUGCUGUCCAGCAGGCCACGACCUCACUAGGUUUUGGACAGUCCGGUCUGGUUCUACCUCCCGAUGACCAGUGUUGCCGGGAGGAGCAACCUCUGAAACACACUGUGGUCUACUUUGGAGGUAGGGUGAAAUGUUCACCUCUGGGCGAGACUCGCGGGCAGCCAGUUUAUUAGUCUUUUGAAGUCACAGGAUCCAGGCCACCGACCCAUGCGUUGUGCACUCCUGCCAUAACCAGCAAGCUCACCACAUACACUCUCCUAUCCGCACCUUUUCUUUAGCUUUUUACGAAUGACCUCAAACAUGAAGUCACACAUCUCACAGAGGCUUUGUUCGCUGGCAUAGCCACUAUGUGAUUCCAUAGCAAAAACUUACUUCUUGCUAGGUUUAUAACAACGGAUAAGUCCCCACUAGGUGGCUGAACCUUCCUGAUAUUUUUCGUUAAGCGUUUGAAAAAGACGAGACUCGAUUUCAUGCUUUUAACCACCGUACUAGUCUUCAAUCUGUAACAGGAUUUGUCACUUUUUUGCAAACAGUUCGGGGAAUUCGAGGGACAUUUUUUUGGGACGAAGCUGAAAACUAUCCGCCGAAUCGUACACUCGGGAAAGACCUGCCUUCUCGAUUGUAACCCCUCAGCCAUUCAGCUUAUACGGACGGCCGAAUUUAUGCCCUAUGUGGUCUUCCUAGCAGCACCAUCGGUCAGCUGCAUGAAAGCCAUGUAUGAAUACGGACGGAGUAUGGGCUUCUGCGAAGCCUGGAAACGCGUAAGUGUUGAUUGUUAUUGUUAAAUAAAAUCUACUUACACAGCAAAAGUAAGCAUAUUUUAACAAAUAUUAUUUCUCAGGACGAGGACUUCCGGCGCACGUUGGACCAAAGUCGUGAGAUUGAGCGGGACUAUCGCCACCUUUUUGACAAAAUAUUCAUCUGUGAUAACAUCGAAGUGACUUUUGAUGCAAUUAAGAGACAUCUAGACAGCUUGCUGACGGAGCCCCAAUGGGUGCCGGCGAAAUGGCUGUACUAG